ACUGAUAACUUAAGUGUGCGUUGAGAAAAACAUAGUUUUUUUCAAGACUCGAUGUACUUAUUCGCGCUCGCUUAACGAUAUUCAGUUAGUCGAAUAUGCACGAAGACCACAGGAGAUUCCUGCGCGGAAGAUCUUCGCAGGUAUUGGCUUCCAUAACCGGAACGCUCGUGGCAUGUUCAGACGGAAUGUCUUUUGGUUGGACAUCGCCGAUGGUCCCUUAUCUGUUAGACGAAAACAACUCGCACAUACACACUACGCAUAAACAAGGAGAAUGGCUGGAAACCAUUUCGCUUAUAGGGGCUUUCUGCGGGCUGCCUAUUACCAUCUACUGUGUAGAUAAAAUCGGGAGAAAAAAGUCUCUACUCUUAGCCGCCGUUGUAGUACUUUUAAACUGGAUCACUAUAGGUCUCGCCGACAGAAUCGAAUAUGUUUUUGUAGCAAGAUUCUUUUCCGGCAUGGCCGGGGACAUGUCUUUCGUAGCGGCACCCAUGUACAUUGCGGAAAUAGCAGACUCAAAAAUUCGCGGUCUCCUUUCUUCAAUCAUAUAUCUCAUGAUGCUGGCAGGUUUGUUGCUGGUCUACACUUUGGGUCCAUUCGCGCCCUUCUAUGCGAUACCCAUCGCCGGAGUAGUUGUCUCGGCGAUCCAACUGUUGGUCUUUACUUUCAUGCCGGAAAGUCCGUAUUAUUUACUAUACAAGGGAAGAGAUGCUGAAGCGAAGGAAUCGCUGGCGAGGUUACGAUCACCUCGGUCCGACAUAGAUAGAGAGAUUAAAGAUAUUUCUCAAGCGAUCGAGAGGCAGAAAAUGGAAAAAGGACGGCCACAAGAUUUGAUUCUGGUACCCAGCAACAGGAAGGCGAUUACGAUCAUGACCGUUUUAAAUGCCGGUCAACACAUGUCGUGCCUGAGCGUGAUGUACAUGAACCUACAUCCAAUACUGAACAAAGCUGGGUCGGUUUACUUGGACAACAAUCUAACCGCCAUAGUAUUUGCCGUUAUCAUGUUCGGAGCAUCACUCUGCGCAAGCUUCACUAUCGACAGGUUCGGUCGGAAGGCAAUAUUGAUCGCGUCCACCCUCUUGACGAUGUUCUGCCUGCUAUCUCUAGCAGUCUAUUUUCACUUGCAAUACUUGGGAGUCGACGUAGCUUUCAUCAGCUGGAUACCCAUUGUAUCCGUUUUGGUAUACGCGGGAGUAUUCAAAUAUGGGUUGGGCUUGGUACCAAUCGUACUAACAGCCGAGAUCUUUCCGGCUCCGAUGAAAGCGAUAGGCAUGACCGUCGCCGACGUAAUGUUCGUCCUCGGCGGUAUUAUAUCGCUGCAGAUAUAUCAGUUGCUGUCGAAAUACGGUAUGCAUAUCCCCUUUUACGUUUUCACCGCUAGCGCCUUUCUCGUGCUGUUGUACUCGUGCUGCUGUAUUCCCGAGACAAAAGGCAAGACUUUGGACGAGAUUCAGUCGAUGCUGAAGAACGAGAAGGUCAAAGGAAAAGUCGAAGGACAUGCGAUGCGCGACAUCAACCACCCCUGAGGCACGAAGGUUGUUUAGGUGAUCCGGGUACGAAAUACCCCGUCCGGCUCCUGAAAGGUUCGUUUGGAGUUUUCUCGAAUGAGAAAUGCACCUUGAGAAAUAAAGCGUUAUGAAAAUUAUCAGCUGCUUAUUUGCGAUAUUCUUUUAUUUAUCUAUAUAGGAGUUUGGUAAUAUCUGUGUGAGAUCUUAAUUCUAUUUGUGAGGAUUUUCCUCAAUCCUGUUUAUAAUGACAAUUUUCCAUAGGCUUUCCUUGCGAUCGACUAAACGAGCCACUUUUUGCUAGAUUUCUAUGUAUGUUAGAAAAUAUUCUCCAAUGUGGUUGUCGUCUUUGUAGAAGUCGUGUUCCUUUUGCCGUAUAGCGGCACGCGUCUUACGUUGCAAUGACCUUAAAUAAAAUGAAUAUCGGCUAAUUUUCUGUUAAAAAAAUGCUCCAUACUUAAAAAAAAACUUUAGAGACAAUGUAAACCAAGAACAUCUUAACAGUCAGACUGAAGAAAAAAGUCUGGAAGUAAACCUACAAAAAGUUAUUGCGGUUUUUGUUAUC